UAAUAGCUUGUCUUUUGAAACUUCGAAUUGAUCAUGGUAGGCCUAUUAAAAUCUUGCUUGAUACUAUGACCCAUGAAGAGGUGGAUGGUGGAACCUCCAGUGGUGAAGAGACCGAAGAAAUUCUGAUUCAUAGUGCUGACCAGCUAGAAAAUUAUGCGAAAACUGAAGAAGCUAAAGUUGAGGAGCUUAUAAAGGCAGUUGCUAAUUCCGGUGCCAAAGUAAUUGUUAGUGGAGCAGCAGUUGGGGAGAUGGCACUUCAUUUCUAUGAGCGCUACAAGUAUAUCACCUUCUAUUGUGUUUUUUUAUUGAUUAACUUACUAAUUUUCAAAACAUACUUGUGAUUGUUGUACAUAUCUAAAUGCUUUUGAUCUUUUAUGAAAUCUGUCAAAAAAUUUCAAGUU